UACGCAUUAAGGCGGCUACAAACGUUGAAAAAUUUUUAUGGAAGGAGCAAGAGAACAAAGAGUUAAGGUUCAACGGAAAACAGGAGCGCCAACUUGGUUUUUCUAUCAAUGGUGAUUCUUCCGCUCAACACGCUCGUCCUUAAACUAUGCGUGGGGGAGAAGCUUCGAGCUUUCUGUAAGUUUCUGGACGUUCUGUACGGUGCUUACUGUUCCUUUGGCCUCGAGCUUUCUGUAAGUUUUUGGAAGUUCUGUAGAUGCAUGGUGCUUACUGUUUUUCCUUCAUCAGCCGCGAUCAAGUUUGCCUCAACACGUUUCCGAGCAUCACAUAAGAAUGCAGACCCAGUCGCAGGUGUUUGGAUGGAAAGGCAUGGUGAGAACGAGCUCCCGCGCAUCAUCCAGAUGCCUCGCGCGAGCAAGCAAGUCGAUCAAGCAGCUGUAGUGAGCCUUCCUCGGCUCCAUCUGGCAGCCAUGAGCUUGACAAAGCACAGGGGAUCCGGCUCUACGCCUUCUACCACCAUCGCAUGAAACAGGUAGAAGCUCAAAUCGAAUCUCAGGCUUCUCGAGCACAGGGUCAG